AUGCCUAGAGAUACAAGAAACUCAAAAAAACUCUCCUCCUCCUCCUCCUCAACCACCACCACCCUGAAACCACCCCAACAAUCCAGUGCCCACGAUCCAAACGUCCACAACAAUUGCCUUUCCCCACAAAAACAGAAUUCCACUGAAAAAAGAUCCCUAGUUUGUGCCAUUCCCCAAUCUGGGUCCACAAAAUUUCCAAUCUUUCGUAGAAUUAGGGUCCUUGAGGUUUCGACUCCUAGGCGAUCUUUAAGGCUUUCUUUGUUGCGGGACCCAAAUGCAAAUCAACCUGUCAGCGACAAGACCAGUGAUUGCAAGUCUGAUGAUAUGAGGGUUUUGUCUUCGAAUGAAGUGGAAAUGGAAACUAGUAACAGGAGUCGUGUUAUUACUCUUGGACUUCAAGAACCCAAAGCAAGAGUGAGUGCUGCUGAAACAAAUGAACAGGAGAUUAUUAAUUGUAAGAAGAGAAAGAGAGCUGAUGAAGCUACUAAUAAAACGGCUGUUGAAGGGUGGACAAAGGAGCAAGAAAUAUUUUUGCAAAGAGCCUUUUUUGCCACCAAGCCUACUCCUAAUUUCUGGAAGAAGGUUUCUAAGCUGGUUCCUGGAAAGACCGCACAGGAUUGUUUUGACAAAAUCAACUCUGACCAGAUGACUCCAUCUCAAGCUCUGCCGAGAUCGAGGAUUAAGAGAAUAAACUCAUCACCUCUUGAAAGUUCUUUGCUCUCUGCUAGCAAGCUACUUAAUCCCUCUGGCCCAAAGAGUAAACGAUUGAGUCGUAAGCAGAAGAGUCAUAUUGCACAUAAAAAUGUUAGAGAAUUAUUGCAGAAGCAGAAUCAAAUGGACCGAGAUUAUGAAGCAGACUUAUUCUCCAUUCUUGAACCCAACAUGAAUGCAUCGACCGAAGAUUCUCAGCUGCCUGUUAAAAUUUCCACCCCCAAGCAUUCACAACAAAAACAGGGCUUUCUUCACACGUUGCUUGAGAGAUCUUCUUCUGGCCAUAAAAAGCCCCUUUCAAGAUUGAGUUCAUGUGGAAUAGAUAUUGUUAGUCCCCCAGUACUGAAACAGGUGAAAAACAGGGCUUUACACGAGAAAUAUAUUGACCAAUUGCACUGCAGGGAAGCUAAGAGAAAGGCAGCAUAUGCACGGGCAGGAAAAUCUGUUGCAGGAAAAGAGAAUAGAGGGGAGAUCAAUGUUCAGAAAAUAGAUGUGGUUAGAGCUGCAAAAAGUACCCUAGUUUCUGAUGUACGAGAUGCUAUUAAUCAGCUCCAAUAUGUGCGGGCUGAUGGCAGCACCUCAUCUGAUUUUGAUGAUGAUGGUGUUGGUAGUGAUGAUGAUGAUGGCGGUGAAAGUAGACUAUGA